CCCUGUUCCCCAGAUAGCCGUGGAGGCUUCUACUUGCUGCCAGUGAAUGGCUGUCCAGAAGAUGACGACGGAGAGAUAAGGGAGAGGUUAGGGGGCCUAAAGGUCUCCCUCAGUGCCUCUGGCCACCACCAUAAAGGAAUCCCCCCUCUACAAGAUGUACCAGUCGAUGCCUUCUCUCCUCGCCGAAGCGCAUGUACACCCCCUCCCCAACCACCUCCUGUGGCUCCCCGGCCUCCCAGGCCUAACUGGCUACUGACAGAACCCCCAAGUAAAGAGGGCACUCAGCAGAACCAGAGCCAGACCCCAGGCCAAAGCCGCAGCCGCAGCCGCAGUCGAGGGCGAGGCAAGUCCCCUGGGCGCAUGCGCUCCCCUUCCCCAGCACCCAUCACCAAUGCCACCACAGCCAAUGGGCGCUACCACAGGCCUCGGAAGGCAAGGCCCUUGCUUCCACGACCUCUGGAUGGGCAGGAGGCCAAGGUGGGAGCCAGGCAAGGGCCCUUGGAGAAUGGAAUUGGUGGGGCAACCGAGGAGACGACCUGGAAAGCCUCCACUGGAGAGCUGAGGACAGUCACGCUAUCCAAGAUGAAGCAGUCUUUGGGCAUCAGCAUUUCUGGGGGCAUCGAGUCCAAGGUGCAGCCCAUGGUGAAGAUAGAGAAGAUCUUUCCCGGAGGUGCCGCUUUCCUCUGCGGGGCCCUGCAGGCUGGCUUCGAGCUGGUGGCAGUGGAUGGGGAAAGCCUGGAGCAGGUGACUCACCAGCGAGCUGUGGACACCAUCCGCAGAGCAUAUAGAAACAAGGCUCGCGAGCCUAUGGAGCUUGUGGUCAGGGUUCCUGGACCUGGCCUGCUGCCCUUACCCUCUGCCUCAUUAGCCAUUAAGGACCAGAGCCUUCCUGCUGGCAGUUCCUCUGCCCGUGGACCCCUUGACAAUAGCCCAAUCCCCACCCCAGCUCCCUCCCCCUGA